AUGUCGGAUCCACACUCUGGAGUUGCUCCUAUUCGCGAAGAAUUCCUUGCUAAACCAGAGCAAGCGGAGAGAAAGCGCAAGCCUAAAGAGCGCGGACAAAACAAAAAGAGGAGCAAAGUUUCUGUACGUGAGGAGAACGCGUUGUGCCCUGCGAUUUCUGUAGGAAAGGAGUGCCCAUUCCAAAGCAACUGUAAAUUUGGUCACGAUGUAGAAGUAUAUCUCUCUCAAAAGGAACCUGAUUUGGGUGAAAAAUGCGUUAAUUUUGAAACUUAUGGCAUUUGCCCCGCUGGAUACAAGUGUCGAUGGUUAUCGGGUCAUGUAAAACUUAACGAAGAUGGAAAGCAUGAGCUGGUUGAAAAGCCAGACAGUAAAUUCGGACUUACUAUGUUGAAUGCUGUCGACAAAAACGUUCAGAAGAAACUUCGAACAAAGCAAUUGGAUUUGAGUAAAGCCGAAAGAAUGAUUUCUAUUGUACUUGGAGAAGAAAAACCGAAAUCAAAUGACCAAAAUAUCCAAGAAUCCCCAAAACAAGAGGUUAACGGUACAAGAGAUCAAAAUCAAGAUCAGACGCUUGCUGAUAAUAACGAUCCCAAGGCAGUUAAGGAAGAUGGACCCGAAUCUCAAGCCACGGAAACACCGCAAAAACAAGAUGAAGGGGAAGGAAAUCAUAAGGUGACUACGGACGGAAUCCACAAACAAUCUCGUUCCGACGUUCUUUUACCAACAUUGCGACCUCAAGAGAAAAGAAGAAUUGACUGGAAAGGUAGAAAGAUUCUUGCCCCAUUAACCACAGUUGGUAAUCCUCCUUUUCGUCGGCUUUGCGGAUCUUUGGGUGCUGAUACCUUUUAUACUGAGAUGGCGAUGUGUCAGCCUUUGAUGCAAGGUCAUCAGCCAGAAUGGGCUCUUGUUCGUGGUAUCAAUACUGAGCGGGAAAUUAUGCCUAGUGGAAGAAAGGGAAUUUUAGGUAUUCAGUUAGCCUGCUCAAAACUUUGGCAAGGUGUAAAAACAGCCCAGGUUAUUGCUGAGAACUGUGAUGGAGCAGAUUUUUUGGAUUUGAAUUGCGGUUGCCCCAUUGACCUCGUCUUUCGUCAAGGAGCAGGAUCCUCUUUGCUGGAGAGUCCUAGUCGUCUCAUCCGAAAUUUACAGGGUAUCGAUGCUAUUUCCGGUACCAUUCCUACAACUGUAAAGCUUCGUACGGGAAAUCGGGAGGAUCAUCCCGUUGUGAAUAAACUUUUGAGUCGUAUUCAUCAAGAAACGAACACUUCUGCUGCUGUACUGCAUGGACGAUCUCGCCAGCAGAGAUAUUCCAAAUUAGCAAACUGGGAAUACGUGAAGGAUUGUGCUUCUAACAUUCGCAAGCUGAACGAAGGAAUCGAAGAUUUACCCGAAGGAAGUCUUCGUACACAACCACUGGCUUUUAUCGGAAAUGGUGAUUGCUACAGCUGGGAGGAUUGGUAUGAGGGAAUGGAUACGGGUGUUGACACAACCAUGAUUGCCCGUGGUGCACUCGUAAAACCUUGGAUUUUUGAAGAGAUUGAUGCUCGUCAAUACAUUGACAAGUCAUCAACUCAACGUCUAGAAAUUUUACAGGAAUAUUGUAAUAAUGGGCUACAGUAUUGGGGUUCGGAUGCACAAGGUAUCAAUACGACGAGGAGGUUCUUUUUGGAAUUUAUGAGUUUUUUUCAUCGCUAUACCCCUAUAGCAUUAUUUGAAGUUGCGAGACCGAGACUUAACCAACGGCCUCCUCUUUACAAUGCCAGAGAUGAAAUGGAAGGCAUGCUCGCUAGCACGAAUGUCAACGACUGGCUUAAACUCAGUGAAAGAUUUUUGGGACCUACACCCUCCAGAUUCAACUUUACUCCUAAGCAUAAGAGCAACAGUAUAGAAGAGGCGGAGGGUUAG